AUGGAUAUCGAAACCGGAGAGGGAAUCGGCGCCGGAGAAACCAGUGAUCGGAGCAUUUGUUCUUCAGAAGAAGGAGGGUCCUGCAUUUCUCAGUUCUUCUCCACUUAUGAUGGUAUGGAAUUCCGGAUUCCCGGAGGAUUUCGGAUUGCUUUGGGGAAAUUAAUUGUGGAGAAAGAUUGUAGAAUAUGUCAUUUGACAUUAGAUGAUGAUCAGAAUGGUAAUAAUAAUUCUUAUUCAAUUCAAUUGGGUUGCUGUUAUAGAGAUGAUUUGGGUGCUGCACAUAAACAUUGUGCUGAAACUUGGUUCAAGAUGAAGGGAAAUACGUAA